AUGAUGCAAAUAACAAAAAUAAUCCUUAUACUAAUCCCGAUAAUAGUGCCAUGUGACAAUUCGGUGACGAAAGAACUCGACAUCAAAUGUAUAAAGAAAAGUGUUCUAAGCAAAAUGUACUGCAACAAUCUCGUGCGAUACGUUGAAAACUUUAAACUUUGGAAGAAACGUAAGCGAUUGACGAGUAUGUUUGAUGAGUUAAAGAUUAGAAUUAAACGAAGAGCAAUGGACUACGAGUACGUUUUGGAUGUGAAAAGCACACCUGUGGCUCGAGGCGAGCUUCGAAGCAGUUCUGAUAUUUUGGUAACAUUCAAGAGGAAUUGGCCUUUGGCGCUGUGGCGACGGUACCUGUUCACUGAUGACUACUUGCUCCUCAUCAAUCCUCAUUGGCUGAAAUUUGGACCACCAGAGCCUGCCAUGCAAUAUCUCCUUGGUGGGUUAUAUGUAACCAUGGCUGUUGUGGGCUGUUCGGGAAACGCAGUUGUUAUCAUAAUGUAUUUUAGGCAAGUAUAUUUAUAG